AUGCCUCCUCCCAACAACCCUCUCUUGGCACCGCGUGAGAUCAUCGAGAUCCUGUCAGAUGAUGAGAGUGACGACGACUUAAUGGAGAUCGCUCCUCCUCCGCAGCGCACCGCCUUCGCAGACGUACCCACCCCUGCUGCAAACGCCGAGUUCGACGCGGAAUGGGCGGCUAUCAUGGCCGUGGUCGAAGGCGAGGAAACGGCCCACGAGCCAAUCGCGGAGCAGCCGCACCCAAUGACUGAAGACGAAUGCCUUUCGAGGGUCCUUGAGAUAUAUCCCGACAUAUCUCAUGAUCACGUGCGGGCCAUGUUUCGUGGCGGCCUCGACGUGGGCAUGCUCCCCGACAGCACAUGGUGCGAUCAACUCAUUGUGCGCAUCCUUGAUGAAGGAAAGUACCCGACGGAGCGCGAGGCAAAGAGGGCCGCGUUGAAGCGGAAAAGGGAGCCGAGCGAUGAUGAUUUUGAACGAGCCCCGAUGGACAGCGGGCAUUUUGCCACCCGGAGAGCCUACCAGAAUGCGGCCGUCAACACCCUCCAGAACCACUACCGUGAGAUCCCCGUCGCCUUCAUCCAGCAGGUUCUUAAGGAGCAGGGCUCCUUCUACAAAGCAUUCCUACGUCUCGAGGAGCUAGAUCGCACAUAUUCUACCAUGGAUCCCUUUAGAAGGCCUUAUCGCAAAGUCCGCAUCCGCGACACCAGACCUCUGCAUUCCACUGCUUCACAAGAAUCCCACGUUACCGAAGCCAUGCAGACCAUCGCCAAGGAGUCUCAAGCAGCAAAGAAGAAGGUGGGGCAGGACGCCGUCACACGCCAGCACGAGGAGCAGAAGCGCCUCGAGGAAGAGCGCAACGCGGCCCAAGCCCGCUCUUUAGGCGAGGAGUCGGAAUGCAUGUCCUGCUUCGACACAGGCCCUACCAAUCGAAUGAUGUUCUGCGACGGCGCGAACAUCCACUACCUGUGCCAAGAUUGUGCUCGUAACUGCGUCAAUGCUGAGCUUGAUGCAGGCAGAUGCCGCCCGAAAUGCUGCGACCCAACCUGCGGGGCCGAUUUCUCCAACGCACAGCUCAAGGCCUUCAUCGACCCUAAGGUUUUCUGUCGCAUGGAAAAGCUGCAGCAACAGGACGAUCUGCGAAAAGCCGGGAUUGAGAACCUGGUCCAGUGCCCUUUUUGCGAUUUCCAGGCCGAGUGCGAGCCCGUCGAGGUUGAUCGCGAGUUUCGCUGCCAAAACGCCGAUUGCGAGAUUGUGAGCUGCAGGCUGUGUCGUCUCGAAAGCCACGUCCCUCUGACGUGUGAAGAAGCCGGAAAGGAGCGCAGUGGCAAUGUCCGCCAUCACAUCGAAGAAGCCAUGACCAAGGCUCUGGUCAGAACUUGCAAUUACAUAUGCUCGAAGAGCGUUACCGGCUAUGAACACUUUCACAACUCACAUGGGAAGUGUCCUCUCUACGACGAGAACGUAGAGAAACGCCACGUCGAUGAGGUCAAGGCGGCAGAGGCCAAGGCCCUCGAGGAAGUCAAGAAGGCCAACCCAGACCUUACUGAUGAAGAACUCAAGAUCAAGCUCUCGGAUGUCGUUCAGAAAGAAGAGAAAAAGCGGCUUGCGGCUGCUGACCGUCGGCAACAACAUCACGGACCCUUCCGAGCCUUCAGACCGGGAGAUCCUAUUGCGGUCCCAGCUGCAGGUGGAAGACGUGCACAAAAUGCGAUGGUGCUUGAUGCGCUUGUAGAGCCCAUGCUGGGUAUGCCUCCCCGCUGGAUGGGUGCCCCGAUUCCAGAGAUCCCAGACUUCGAAGCUUUUAACCCCGCUCCGAAUCAGCGUCAGGUGAACAACCCACAGCAGGCAGAUAUUGAUGCCGCAAGAGCUAAUGGCCUUGGCUUGGCCCCGGCCAUCGAGCUCAACAACCGCAGAAUCCUGGACGGCCUGACCAGGGAAGAGAGCAUAACUUUGGAGGUGGAGCGGCUCGACUGUUUGGGUUCGGCCUUCGCGGUGAGCGAGAGCGGCAACGGGAGGCUCAGGCUCCAGCCCCAGCUCGCGCGGGGCCCUUUGCAGCUCAAGCGCAUCAAGAACUUCACGACUGGCCUGGUAUCCUGGCCAAUCCAAUGGAUGAUGCGACUCAUCGGCAAAUAG